AGAUCGACUUGUGAAUAACUCCGCUACUGCGCAUCGUGCCGGACCGAGCAAGCCUGCUUCCCGACGUCCGAGCCUGCUGCAUCUCAUCGCCGAUGAUAGCGGAGGCCGGGCCGUUCCCUAACUUUCUUAUUCAAGAUGUUUUGAGAGCAAUUUAACUUGGACUCGGGUUGAAGGGUGGCAGUUCCAGUGGUGGGGCUAAACGGAAUAAAACGCGCGGAAGGAAAGCGACCGGCUUCGCGAGCCGCGAUGCGGGAAUUCGGUGGGGCGGCUCGCGCGACAAAGUUGCCCGGUUUAUCGCGAGCGAAUUAGACAGUUGUCGGGAUAUCGUCGGGGAGUGGUGCUCAUCCUUCCGUCGUGAUACAUCACACUCGGCUGGCACCGACCGAUUCGGCUCUUCACCGACGACCAAGGUCGCCGUACGGUUAUGCUGGUGGCGUCGCUGCAGGUGGCCGCCAGCAAAUGCUGUCAUGCCGCUGCCAUGCCAGCCGGCGGCCAGGAGCCGGCCGCUGGUCGCGACAAGGACCCAGAUCAGGCCCAGUCGCUGCUUCCCGCGCCUAGGAUUCGCGCUGCUGCUGCCGCCGCUGAUCGUCCUGCUAAUCCUGACCGGCCGUGGUCGCGCGGCUUCCGCCGGACAGCCUGCGACACGCUACGCCUCGCGCAUCGUCGAGACGAAGAGCGGACAGAUACGUGGAAUACUUCAGGAAUUGAACAGCCGGCACUUAGACCCCGUGGAAGUGUUUCGCGGCAUACCGUACGCUGCGCCGCCGGUGGGCGAUUUAAGGUUUCGUCCCCCGAUCUCGCCGAUACCUUGGAGCGGCGUCCGGCUGGCGGACACCUUCGGCGCGGUGUGCCCGCAAAAUUAUCCGGAUCUCACCAAUGACACCGCUGCGCUCACGCAGAUGCCGCUCGGCAGGUAUCAGCAGCUCAAGAAGAUGACCGUCUUCCUGGCCAAUCAGAGCGAGGACUGCCUCUUUCUCAACUUGUACAUACCCGGAAGUGGAUCCCGAGGGCUGGAAGCGCCGUACGCGGUGAUGGUGUACGUGCACGGUGAAAGUUUCGAAUGGGGAUCGGGUAACUUGUACGAUGGAUCGGUGUUGGCGAGCGCCGGCCACGUCAUAGUGAUCACUCUCAACUAUCGUCUCGGUAUCUUAGGAUUCCUGAGGACUCGUCCGUUCGCCGACCGAACGAGCGGAUCGGGCGGCAAUUUGGCCUUAAAGGACAUCACGAUGGGACUACGUUGGGUGCGCGAAAACAUUGGCGCCUUCGGCGGCGAUCCAACGCGGAUAACUCUAAUGGGCCAUGAUACUGGCGCGGCGCUGGUGAAUUUGCUGCUGCUCGCGCCUUACAGCAAAGGAUUAUUUCACCGUGUAGUGUUAUCCAGCGGCUCGGCACUAAGUCCCUGGGCCUCGGUGCACGAUCCGAACGACCUCAGGACGAAAAUCGGCGAGCAAAUGGGCUGCGCGAUCGAGGGCGACGAGGACAUCGCCGACUGCCUCCGCGGCGUACCGCUGAAAACCUUGAUGGACGUGCAACUUCCGGAAAUCAGAUUCGUGCCUCGCGUCGGGCCGGGUCUGCCGGUGGACCAAAACAAUCCCGAUCCGGGCCUGGACAUGGAGCGCGCGAGCGACGCGUUCAUCAAGGUGCCGCUGAUCCUGGGCGUCUCCACGACCGAGUCCAAUCUCGAUUUCAACGCCAACGACAUACAGUUCGGCUUCGAGGAGGAUCACCGCAAUCGUAUUUUGCGCACCUUCAUCCGUAACGCCUACGUCUACCAUCUGAACGAGAUCUUCUCGGCGGUGAGAAACGAGUACACGGACUGGGAUAAGCCGGUGCUUCAUCCCAUCAUAAUACGGGAUUCGACUAUGGAGGCGUUGAGCGAUGGUCACACGGUCGCGCCGCUCAUGCGAGUCGCCUUCUAUCACGCCCGGCGAGGAGCCAAAACGUACUUCUAUCACUUCAAUCAUCAGUCCAAGGAGAGCGGCUAUCUGCAACGUCUGGGGAGCGUCCGUGGCGAAGACAUACCGUACAUUUUCGGGCUGCCGCUAGUGGCAGGCGGGGCUUUCUUCCCGCGGAAUUAUUCCCGACAAGACCAGGGCGUUGCGGAGGCCGUCCUCACCUUCUUCACCAAUUUCGCCAAGACCGGCAACCCGAACGAGCCGCACAAGAUCGAGUCGGUCGACUAUGGCACGCCGAAGGAGAAGACGCGCUUCCGCGGUCUCACAUGGGAACAAUAUGAGACAGGCUCUCAGCAGUAUCUCACGAUAGCACUGAAGCCGAAGAUGAAGAGUCAUUAUCGCGGUCAUAAAAUGGCCGUAUGGCUUAACUUGAUACCGCAGCUCCAUCGUCCUGGCGACGACGAUGUCUCCAUGCGGCAUCAUCAUUUCCGGGAACGAGGCGAUCAUUAUUACGCAGGACCAGUCCGAGAUGAAUGGUACACGCCACUGCCGCUGACAGGCACCACUCGGGCCAGCUCUUCCUCGACCACCGCCUGCAGCACGUCCACGGGAGACGACAGCCUUAUCGAGGACAUCACUCCGAUUCUGGACGACUCCGAGGACGACGCGGAGCUGCUGCAGAGAUUGGCGUCCCGCCAUUACUACAGCACGACCACCGCCCUCGCGAUCACCGUGGGCGUCGGUUGCAUCCUUCUCGUGCUCAACAUGCUCAUCUUCGCCGGUAUCUAUUAUCAGCGGGAUCGCGAAAAGCGCGCCGCCAUGGACUGCAGGCCGAACGGCCAGGAGUCACUGCCGAUGACCACCAGGACGGCCAUGAAGCCCUCCGAGAACCCGCGAUCCACUCAGGAGCCACCCCCUUCGUACACUACCCUCGCGAGAAGUCCCUCCAUCCAGGAGCAGCAGCAGCUGGCGCAGGAUGGCCAGGACUGCGAGCAGUCGAGGAAGGAACCGAGAUCUAGUCACGGGACCAGCAGUAAUAUUCACAAGGACGCGAUGCCGCCGAAACCGCCCGCCAGGACCACCAGCUCGCUCAGCACCGGCAACACCAACACCAUCAAGAAACGCGUGCAGAUACAAGAGAUAUCCGUAUAGCAUUAGGGGUUGCCCCCAGAGGGCAACUCGCGGACGAAGCGAGUGACCUUCGUGGACGCGGAGAGGGUCACCGCGGAGUCCAGGUUCUGAGUGGUGUUCCCUUGUUUGAUCCACGGACCGAUGGACAGUGCCGACUGGAUGAUGAAGGGAACUUUGCGAAUACGACUCGAAUCAGCGAACAAAAAAAACUUAUAAAUCUCAUACGGUGUCUAUAUCGUGCACAAAUUGUAACUUCGAGCACUCUAAUUACGGUUGAGAUUACGUGUCGGACCAUACGAGAGAGUUACUAUUGAAAAUCGACGAUUAUUAGCACCGACUCCUACCACUUACAGUGCCACGAACAUGGCUGACCACAACGCGAGCGUACUACUGAACUGUUAUUGCCGGACUGCACCUCUGAUUAUUAUUACUUAGGCGAUAUUGUGGCUGGUUUUUUCCACUGGUAGAAACGUAAGAUUUGCACGUGGUCGUUACUACUGAUAGAAACGUGAAUUGUACGUAGUUUCUAAUUAUAUAAGGAAGCGAGGUAUUCUCUGCUGUUUUUAGGAAAAUAUAACAAUCGCUAAAGUACCCCCAUCGUGACCAGAUUAAGUAUAUAUCAAGUGCUCAAGGAAUAAUUCUAUUUAAGGAAUUUUUAUUGUAAUCGAAGAUAUCGAUGCGACGUUUCCUGGUCAUUUGAUUCAUCGGAAUAAAUCCUGAUACCUUUGGAGACCGCGGAAAAUAGGUGGCCUUAAGUAUAUCAUUACAACACAUAAAGGAAGCGUAUCGAUAUCCUCGAUAUUACAAGGAGGGGCGCUUGGUGAAAAAAUUAUUGGAACAAAACGUGUAAUUGAACUUUGUAAUGCGCGGAUUCGAGAAUAUCUCAGCUAAAAAGCAAUUGAACGUGGAUCCGUAUAAGAAUAUCGUGUACGGAUCAAUGGACGGUAAUUUCCGACGACGGCUCCGGUUUGAGAGAUCUUGAAGCGAUCGGAAUACCAAAGUCACGUAUACGAUCGCCUGCUUUGUGAAGCAUUGAUUGGAAGGAAGAGACACUCGACUCGAAACGGAUCAAACGGAUCGGUCACGCUAAACGGUCGAUAUUCGCGAGCAGGACACGACAACGGUGUACAAAAGCUCCAUUCGUGAGUGAAAGUGCACUCGUUCUUGCUUGUAAGACUGCGAUACACAGCUAAGCUGCUGCGAGCUAUUUGGAGCAUCUUUCAAAGUGGGUAGUUUCGAUUUUGUUGAAGAGGACAACUUAAUAUAGCGCUCGUGAGUGCUCGCGAAAUUUACUCGGGCGGAAAGUGCGAUUAUCUGGCCGUCGCGGAAGUGCACAAUCGCGAGUAUAUUCGACAACGUUAAGUCGUGCAGCCACUAGCUAGAACCGACGUGAUUUUCGAGAGGACGGAUUCGGCCCUCCGCUGAGUGUUCUUCAAGUGUUCUUCUCAUAGAGAGUAGUCCGACAGUCAUAAGUAUUGUAUCGCUACGAAAAUUGGCUGGAAUGAUCUAAUAAUAUAGGCGUAAAACAAUUUUCUCUUGCGAUUUUCGCAUGUGAGCCUCGAAACUCUGCCAACUCAUACAACGUGUAUAUUUCUCCAUCUCGAUAAACGGAACUGUGUGUACGAAUCGACACAAGCAUUGUUGAAGUAAUGGCAUUAGAAGAGAAAAUUAAGUAUUGAAUUGAAUAUAAUUAAUAAUUUAUCCAUGUGUGAAACAUUGAAUUAUUUUUGUGCUAUUGUUGGUUCUUCUUAUUUUUGUAAAUUACGAAAUUUUUAAUUUUAAGUCAAGAUUGUUUGUAUGAAGAUCUGCGAUACAUUGCACGAGCCUGCUUGAAACACUUGAAUUCUUUUGAGGCAAAGCUUAUAAACAAUAUUGAUAAGUCCUUUAUACGCGGCCUUUCCGAACUGAGAUCACCGCUGAAAUCAAGUACUUAUACCUGCUCAACAAUGUAAGCGAUAAAACGGCGGGAAAAAUAAUUCCUUUUAAAGUAGAAUUAAAGCUGUCGAAGACUCAUAUAGAGUUCUCUCUCUUCCAUGACCAAGUAUCUUAAGACAUGAUCACGCUCGUGUUUGUAGAGAUACACUUUGUCUUUGUAGAGAGUUCUUAAUCUCGAAUUAAUAUUCAUGACCCGACAUUGAACUGCCAGACUCCACACAGAUAUUAAGUUUUGAGAGUUCAUCUUUGUCAUUGCGUGCGGCUUAAUCGAUCAAUGAGAUGUGCUUUUCAGGAUAUUAUGGAAUACGAUAUUACAAUAGUAUCGAGUACGACAAAAUUCAUACAGAACAAUUUACGAAGCGGAAACUAUCACAGACGCGACCAUUGAUAGAUUGUUACUGUAAAAGUUGCCAAAAGUUUACAUCUUGUUUAUAUUCUACAAUUCUUAAAAUUGUGAUGGGUCUCAAAUUCAUUCAUAUAUUAUGGCCUAGUUUACACCGAUUGUUUAGUACGCGUACCAAAUACUCAAUCUGCUUCUCCGAUAGGUAUAAAUCGUUUAGUGUAA